AGGUUCACACAAGACCCUCAAAGUUCGUUAGUUAAUUUUUAUAAGCACUUACGACGUUCGUAAACGUAUGGUCCGUACGUUUUUGAGAUGACAAAUAUUUCUCAGAAUAGCCCUUUACAAAUGGAAGAAGCCGACUCGGCAGAUUCUACCUUUUCUUGCAUGAAGUGAUGGUUAUAAACGAUUCCUUUCCUCAGGUUUUAUAUAUAUUUUUUUUUAAUCUACAUUGUUACUAUUGCACUGCAUAAAAAUUUGAAUUGAAGCACUUUAAUUGCUUUAAUAAUAGAAAAAGCAAUCUCUUCUUUCCCUUGUCAUUCUUCCUUUUUUUUCCCUUCCUACCUGGCAAUUUCCUAAUUUUAUUUCAAAGGCAACCUUUAUAUCUCUUCUUCUAAUUCAUUUUUUUUCAUUUACCGCUGUGAUAAAACUCGGAGUUCUUUCUUUAAUUUGAAUUUCGGUUCAUUCUCUUGAUUGUUUUCAAUUCUAUAGACAUUAAUUUUUCUUUAAUUAUUGAGCUCCUUUCCGCUACCUAUUUAUUCAUAUAUACAUAUAUAUAUUUUUUUUGUUUGCAUCUUCUUGCUAUAGGAUUUUUGACAUGACUUUGGCUACCGAAAAUAGAACAGAACGAACUUAUGAUUUUGUGACGGAAGGACGUGAUUCAAAUUCAGGUGUGGAGGCCUUACCCGUUGUUCAAACAGUAUCAAUAUCCUCCGGAAGGUCUUUAGGCCAUUCUCAAAAACUGACUCGAGAUUGUCAACUUAUCCAAGAAAAUUCUCUGGAUUCCCAUGCUUGUUACAUAGGUUCCCCUUGUAAUGGAUUACCAUUUCCUACGAAGGAUUGUGAUACUCAUAUAGACAGAGACUUAGGUGUAAAUCUCUCUCUGCUAAAUCUCGACCCGGCGCAGCAUGUUUCAUCGGAAGAUGUAUCACAGGUUGAUUCGAAUCAAGCAAUUUCUACUUCAUCUAGCUUUAGCGUCGAUAAUGAAGAGUCGUCCUCCACUCAAGGUUCUAGUCAUAUUCCUCGCGAUUCUACAGAUUUGUGUAUGAUGAACAGUCGUCGAAUGAAUCCUUACAGUCGUAUCUAUCGUCGCAAAGCACCAUCAGAUCCUAAACAUAUACCUCCACAAUUCCACUUUAAAAAACCUUCCAAACACUUCUAUAACAAUAUUUACUCCAAGAUGAAACUGAAGAUGCCUGUCUUUCCAGGUAUCAAAAGGGAAUUCCUGUCCUCAAAGAAACAAAAUUUGUCAACGACUUCAACCGUGCCGGUUACUUGUUACAAUCAUUCUUCCGACUUACGUCGACUUUACCAUUAUCGAACUGUUGGAACAAAAUACAAACUAGUGAACAGGGUAAAGCCUACAUACAAGCGGAAACAUCGUUUAGUGGAUAACGUUCUCUCUACUAAGUAUGGAAAAGUUGGAAAACUUGUUGGAGAAGGGGCUAGCGGCUAUGUACGUUUGAUACACGACCCCGAUGGCUCAUGCAGUCACGUGGCCAAAGUAUUUCGCCCGCCUAUUGACAAAAAGUUUUUGCGUCGCUACGUUCGAUUUUUUAUUGCAGAAUACUCAAUAGCCUCUACACUUCAUCAUCCAAAUAUAGUUCAGGUUUACGAUAUCAUAUAUGCGAAACAUACGAUUAUCCAAGUCUUAGAGUAUACUCCUCUUGAUUUAUUUUCUUUUGUGGUCGAUGGACAUUGUGUAACAGACAAAGCGGAUCAACUGUUUUACCAAUUGCUGCAUGGGAUAUAUUAUAUGCAUUCGGUUGGUUUAGCGCAUAGAGACAUAAAGUUGGACAAUUUAAUGCUGGAUAAAAAUUAUAACUUAAAGAUUAUUGACUUCGGUACUGCUUUUGUUUUUCAUUACCCUCUAGAAUCUACUAUGAUUAAAGCACAGGGAUUAGUUGGGUCGAAACCAUACGUUGCUCCGGAAGUGUUAAGUGGAAAACCAUAUGAUCCUCGAGCAAUUGAUUACUGGUCAUGUGCAGUGGUCUACUGUUGUAUAACAAAUAAAAAAUUCCCGUGGAGAGCCCCAGAUGAAUCCAAUAAGAGAUUCAAAACUUUCCUAACUCAAAUAAAAGACCCUACUCUUGAAAUUGAACUGAUCAAUUCAUUGCCGGAAAAUUCAAGAACAGCUAUAAAAGGCAUGCUAGAUCCUGAUGCUGAAAAAAGAUGGGAUAUUGCCAAAGUUCUAAAUACUAGUUGGAUGAAAGAAACAGCUCUUAGUUUUAAUCAAUCUAAACAAGAUAAACCAUAAUUAUUUCCUUUUCUAAUAAUAUUUACUAUGACGAUCGGCGUCCAUUUAGCUGAG